AUGAUCGCUCAGGUGACGCUGUUGUUGGUCAUCUCGACCGUGGCUUUCGCGGGAGGACACGGCGGUUACGGUCACCACGGUGGUUCCAGCAAGACGUACAGGAAACAGAAUGACCACGGCCACUACCGCUUCGGUUACGACAUCGUCAACGGCUACGGCGCCGUCAACGGCCGCCACGAGACCGGUGCGGCGUACGGACCCGUGCACGGCUCCUACUACCUGGGCGACAUCGACGGCCGCCACAGGCAGGUGCACUACGUGGCCGACAAGUAUGGCUUCCGGGCCAUGGUGAAGACUAAUGAGCCCGGAACCAAGAGCAGUCUCCCGGCCGCCGCUCCUUACCACUCGGCCCACGGCAAGACAGUGCCUGCCUACGGACACGGCGGAUACGGCGGAUACCGAGGCUACGGGGGAUACGGCGGCUACGGCGGAUAUGGAGGAUACGGUGGCUACGGAGGCCACGGAUACUACGGCUAGGACGUCGUCCUCGUUUUUCUAGUGCUUCCACGUCUCUCUCCAUCGUCCUUCUCUCACGUACUGUCCUUGUCAGCAGCUCCUGUGGCUUGUGGCUAGCUCUUCCGUUCCCCUUGUUGCUUCAGCAUAUACGUAAACCAAAGAAAAAGAAAAAAAGAACGCCCCGAAGGACUGAAGACCUCACGUGUGCUCGCCCAUGUAAAGACGAUGACAUCUUCUCAAAUGUACACUCUUACUUUCUCCGCUAUUUAUACUUCUGUACCCCUUCGCUCUUUGUGACGUUCAACCUUUCCAGCGACCCUGUUUUCGCUUGAAGCCCCUCUACCUUAGGGGCCUUAUCUUCGCUUGGUGUGCAAGAACGCAGUGUAAAUAAAUG